GCGCGUCCGCUCGCUGCGCUCCGGGACCGGCCACCGGGCCCUGCCCAGCCCCGGCGGGGCGGAACGGCUCGGCACGGCUCGGCACGGCAUGGGCCGGCCCGCAGCCCUCUGAAGCCAUGGAGCGGCGGGCGCUGUGCGCGGGGCUCUACUGGCUGCUGCUGCCGCUCGCCCUGCUCGCCGCCUGCCUGUUCCGCUUCAACGUCCUGUCCCUGGUGUACCUGCUCUACCUCCUGCUCCUGCCGUGGUUCCCGGGGCCCACCAACCGCGCCGUCUCAGGUCACACCGGCCGCCUCCUCAAAGCUCUCCUGGGAACCAGCAUCCUCUUCCUCCUCGCCCACUUCGUUUUCCAGAUAUGCCUCUACACGCUGCCCGUCCUGGACCAGCUGCUGGGGCCCAGCUGCAGCAGCUGGGAGGUCCUCGCCCGGCACGUCGGGGUCACCAGGCUGGACUUGGACGACCUCCCCAACUCGGUGCGCCUCGUGGCGCCCGACGUCGGCAUCCUGCUGGUCUCGUCCCUCUGCCUCUGCCUGUGCCGCCGCCUCGUCCCCAAGGCCGCCGCUGCCAGCCGCGGCCGGGCACCGGAGUCCCUGGAGCCCCUUGAGCGGGGGGAAGAGGAGGACGUGGAGCGGCACGGUGGCACGGCCGACGGGGACACGCCGCUCAGCGCCCGGCUGCGGGUGACGGCGCACUGGCUGCUGUGGGCAGCCGGGAAGGGGCUGGCCAUCCUGCUGCUGGCCUUGGCCGGGAUCACCCUGCCCUCCGCCUCCUCCAGCGUCUACUACCUGCUCUUCGUGGGGCUGUGCACAUGGUGGGCCUGCCACCUCCCGGCCAGCCGCAGGGCCUUCGACACCCUCUGCGUCCUCGUCGGCGUCUACGCUGCCGUCCACCUCCUCUGCCUCUACGCCUACCAAGCUCCCUUCGUCCAGGGGGUCUUCCCGCCCCCCACCAUCUGGGCACGGGUGUUCGGCUUCAAGGACAUCAUCCUGUACCGCAACUGCUCCCGGCCCAACGCCCUGGUGCUCAACACCAGCCACCCCUGGCCCGUCUACGCCAACCCCGGCAUCCUGCUGCUGCUCUACUACACCGUGGCCACGCUGCUGAAGCUGCGCAGGCUGGACGCCCGGAGAGCGGCGGUGCCGGCACAGCCGCCGUUGAGGGAGCUGGUGGAGCUGGAGAGCUGGCCCAAGGACACCGAUGGCGUGGCUGAGGACACCAAGCCCAUGCUGUCCCCCAGCACCGGGAAGCCGGGCAGCGGCACCGAGAACUGCACCGUCCACGUCAUGGGUGAUGUGACGCCGCCGGGCAGGAAGAGUCCGGCAGAGCGGCUGCCCCUGCAGGCGCUGUGGCACGUCAUCAUGAAGCAGAGCUACGUCUGCGCCCUCAUUGCCAUGAUGGUGUGGAGCAUCACCUACCACAGCUGGCUGACCUUCGUGCUGCUGCUCUGGUCCUGCCUCAUCUGGAUCGUGCGGAGCCGGCACCACUUCGCCAUGCUGUGCUCGCCCUUCCUGCUGCUCUACGGCGUGGCGCUCUGCAGCCUGCAGUACGUCUGGGGCAUGGACCUGGCCCCCGAGCUGCCCACCCGCGUCGGCCUCAUGAGCCUUGAGCAGCUGGGGCUGGUGCGCCCCAAGUACCCCUGCCUGGACCUGGGGGCCAAGCUCCUGCUCACCCUCACCUUCUGGCUGCUGGUGCGGCAGUUCGUCAAGGAGAAGCUGCUAACGAGGACGUGCCCGGCCACCCCGCUGCUGGAGGUGACCGUUUCGGACACGGAGCCCAGCCGGCAGCGGGACGUGCUGAAGGCGCUGGGCGCCCUGGUGCGGGAUUUCUACGCCAAGUACUGGAUCUGCGUCUGCGCCGGCAUGUUCAUCGUGGUGAGCUUCGCCGGGCGCCUCGUGGUCUACAAGAUCGUCUACAUGUUCCUCUUCCUCCUCUGCCUCACCCUCUUCCAGGUGUACUACAGCCUGUGGCGCAAGGUGCUGAAGGGCUUCUGGUGGCUGGUGGUGGCGUACACCAUGCUGGUGCUCAUCGCCAUCUACACCUUCCAGUUUGAGGACUUCCCCAUGUACUGGAGGAACCUGACGGGUCUCACCAACGAGCAGCUGGGUGACCUGGGCCUGGAGCAGUUCAGCGUCUCCGAGCUCUUCUCCAGCACCCUCAUCCCGGGCUUCUUCCUGCUGGCCUGCAUCCUGCAGCUCCACUACUUCCACCGCCCCUUCAUGCACAUCACCGACCUCGAGCACGUCCCCGCCACCGAGCCGCGGCCCCGACACAUCCCCAGACCCGAGGAGCUGCACGGGAGCCGCCUGCUGCGGGGUGCGGCCGUCGCCGAGAGCGCCGGGACUGAGGCGGGCGAUUCCGAUACCGCCUCGCAGGUGCCCACCAAGUGGGGGCUGGUGCUGGAGCGCCUCAUCGUGCUGGGCUGGACCUUCUCGGACACGCUGACCCGCGGGCAGGUCUUUGUGGGGCGCCUGCUGGAGCUCCACGUCCUCAAGCUGGUGGCUCUCUACACUGUCUGGGUGGCUCUGCAGGAGGUGUCGCUGAUGAACUUCUUGCUGGUGCUGCUGUGGGCCUUCGCCAUGCCCUACUGCCGCUUCCGCCACAUGGCCUCCUGCCUCUCCACCGUCUGGACCUGCAUCAUCAUCGUCUGCAAGAUGCUCUACCAGCUCAAGAUCGUCGAUCCCAGCGAGUACUCCAGCAACUGCACCCAGCCCCAGCUCAACAGCACCAACCUGAGCCCCGAGGAGCUGGGCAACUCCACGCUGUACCGCGGCCCCGUGGACCCCGCCAACUGGUUCGGCAUCCGCAAAGGCUUCCCCAACCUGGGCUACAUCCAGAACCACCUCCUGGUGCUGCUGCUGCUGGUGUUCGAGGCAGUGGUGUACCGGCGCCAGGAGUACUACCGCAAGCAGCACCAGCUGGCGGCCCCCGUCACCGAGACCGUCUUCGAGGACGUGUCCCGCGAGCACCUCGACCAGGGCUUGGGCAGCUGCGCCAAGUACUUUGUCAACUACUUCUACUACAAGUUCGGCUUGGAGAUCUGCUUCCUGAUGACGGUGAACGUGAUCGGGCAGCGCAUGAACCUCAUGGUGAUCCUGCACGGCUGCUGGCUCAUCGUCAUCCUGACGCGGCGGCGGCGCGCGGCCAUCGCCCGCCUCUGGCCCAAGUAUUGCCUCUUCCUCGUGCUCUUCCUCCUCUACCAGUACCUGCUGUGCGUGGGCAUGCCGCCCGCUCUCUGCGUGGACUACCCGUGGCGCUGGAGCCGGUCGCUGCCCAUCAACUCGGCGCUCAUCAAGUGGCUCUACCUGCCCGACUUCUUCGUGGCCCCCAAAUCCACCAACCUCAUCAACGACUUCGUGCUGCUGCUGUGCGCGGCGCAGCAGUGGCGGGUGUUCGCGGCCGAGCGCACCGAGGAGUGGCUGCGGGCGGCCGGCGAGAACGCGGACCGGCUGGACCUGGGGAGGGACCCCCACAACCCCACGCCCAACUUCAUCCACUGCCGGUCGUACCUGGACAUGGCGAAGGUGGUGGUCUUCCGCUACCUCUUCUGGUUCGUCCUGGUGGUGGUCUUCAUCACCGGGGCCACCCGCAUCAGCCUCUUCGGCCUCGGCUACCUGCUCGCCUGCUUCUACCUCCUGCUCUUCGGCACCGCCAUGCUGCGCAAGCCGGCGCGGGCGCGCCUGGUGCUCUGGGACUGCCUCAUCCUCUACAACAUCACCGUCAUCAUCUCCAAAAACAUGCUGUCGCUCCUGUCCUGCGUCUUUGUGCAGCAGAUGCAGAGCAACUUCUGCUGGGUGAUCCAGCUCUUCAGCCUGGUCUGCACCGUCAAGGGCUACUACGACCCCAAGGAGAUGGGCAAGGACCAGGACUGCUCGCUGCCCGUGGAGGAGGCUGGCAUCAUCUGGGACAGCAUCUGCUUCUUCUUCCUCCUGCUCCAGCGCCGCGUCUUCCUCAGCUACUACUUCUUGCACGUCAUGCUGGACCUCCAAGCCUCUGCCCUGCAGGCCUCCAGGGGCGUCGCGCUGUUCAAGGCCAGCAUCCUGAAGAGCAUGCGCUCCCACCGGCAGGCCGAGAAGAAGUCACUGGCCCAGCUCAAACGGCAGAUGGAGCGGAUCCGAGCCAAGCAGGAGAAAUACCACCAGGAGCGGCUGCCCGCCGGCGAGGGCCAGGAUGAGGCCAGGCCAGCGCCCGGUGGCCCGGCGGACCCUUCCCGGCAGAGGGAGCGGUGGUGGCGGCCAUGGUUAGACCACGCCACAGUGCUGCAUUCGGGGGAAUACUUCCUCUUCGAGUCGGACAGCGAGGAGGAGGAGGAGGCAGCAGCAGCAGUGCCGGAGGAGCCGCGGCCAGGCAGGCAGAGCGCCUUCCAGCUCGCCUACCAGGCCUGGAUGACCAACACCAGGACAGCGCUGCGGCAGCAGGAGCGGGAGCAGAUGGAGCUGCCGGGCGAUGAGCUCGGUGCAGGGGACAGCAGAGGAAGGGAAGAGGCGUUGGAGUCGCCUGGAGAGGCCGAAGGCCAGGAGGAGGAGGAGGAGGAGGAAGGAUCUGAGCGGGGCAACGUGCUGCAGCGGGCGCUGAACACCCUGCGCUUCCUGUGGGUGCUGUGCCAGGCCAUGGUGGACGGCCUGACCCAGUGGCUGGACACCUGCACGCGGGAGCACGCCGACAUGUCCACGGUGCUGCGGCUCGAGAGAUACGUCCUCACGCGGCGCCUGGCCAAGGGCGAGGACGUGCACCGCGGGGUCCUGGAUGAGCUCUACCUGCUGCCCCCCGAGGAGCCCCCCGAGGAGCCGAGCCCGUGGGUGUCUGGGGGUGCGGACCCCCAAAAUGGCGUCGCUUCCAGCGGGCGCGAUGGAGCCGAGCGCGGCCGAGGGGCUGAGCCCCCCCUGGCGGGGGGCUCGCUGCGAGCUGGCAGCCAGGAGCAGGGGACGAGCUGGGGGUCGCAGGAGGAUGUGGCUGGGUCUCGGGAGCUCCUGGCCCUGCCGCAGAACCGGACCCGGACGGCCAGCGAGCUGCUGAUGAGCAGGCGGCUGUACUUUGUGGAGCUGGAGGAGUCGGAGCAGUUCUAUCAGUCCCACAACCGCUUCCUGAAGCUGCUGCUGGCCAUUUACCGCUGCGUGGCUGCCCACUCCGAGCUGCUCUGCUACUUUGUCAUCAUCCUCAACAACAUGGUGACCGCCUCCGUCAUCUCCCUCUUCCUGCCCAUCCUCGUCUUCCUCUGGGCCAUGCUCUCCAUCCCCCGGCCCACCAAGCGCUUCUGGAUGACCGCCAUCAUCUUCACCGAGGUGAUGGUGGUGGUAAAAUACCUCUUCCAAUUCGGUUUCUUCCCCUGGAACGGCUACGCCAUGCUGGUGCGCAACGAGGGCAAGCCCUUCUUCCCGCCCCGCAUCCUGGGGCUGGAGAAGACCGACCGCUACAUCAAGUACGACCUCGUCCAGCUCCUGGUGCUCUUCUUCCACCGCUCGCUGCUGCUGUGCUAUGGGCUGUGGGACCAUGAGGAGGACCCCUUUGCCAAGAAGAAGCCAGAGGCAGAGCGGGCAGAGGAGGAGGAGGAGGAGGAGGAAGAGCGGCAGGAGGAAGCAGAGUCCACGGUGGUGGGCAAGGAGGGGACGGUGCCGCCAGCAGAGCCGGGGGCACCGGGUGCAGCCACGGGGCCGGAGGACGAUGCUGGGGGGCCGGAGGAGGGGGCCGGGGAUGCGGCCACCCAGCUGCGCUUCAGGAGGAAGAGGCGGCGGAGCAAGGAGACGAAGGCUGCGCUGGAGGAAGAGGAUGGCGAGGAGGAGGAAGAGGAGGAGGAGGAGGAAGAGGUGAAACAGAGCCACUCUCAGAAGAAGCUGAAGGCGUUGGGGCUCCGGGUCAAGCUCUUCUUCCUCACCGUGGCACAGAACACCUACCAGCCCGUGCGUGGCUUCUUCCGGGACAUCCUGCACACUCGGUACCGGGCGGCCACUGAUGUCUACGCGUUCAUGUUCCUGGCCGACGUGGUUGACUUCAUCAUCAUCAUCUUCGGCUUCUGGGCCUUUGGGAAACACUCGGCGGCCGCCGACAUCACCUCCUCGCUGUCAGACGACCAAGUGCCCGAGGCCUUCCUGGUCAUGCUGCUCAUCCAGUUCACCACCAUGGUGAUCGACCGUGCGCUCUACCUCCGCAAGACGGUGCUGGGCAAGCUCAUCUUCCAGGUCAUCCUGGUCUUCAGCAUCCAUCUCUGGAUGUUCUUCAUCCUGCCGGCUGUCACCGAAAGGUUGUUCAGCCUCAACACGGUGGCCCAGCUGUGGUACUUCGUCAAGUGCAUCUACUUCUCGCUGUCAGCCUACCAGAUCCGCUGCGGCUACCCCACACGCAUCCUGGGCAACUUCCUCACCAAGAAAUACAACCACCUCAACCUCUUCCUCUUCCAGGGGUUUCGCCUCGUGCCCUUCCUGGUGGAGCUGCGUGCCGUCAUGGACUGGGUCUGGACGGACACCACGCUGUCCCUGUCCAACUGGAUGUGCGUGGAAGACAUCUACGCCAACAUCUUCAUCAUCAAGUGCAGCCGUGAGACGGAGAAGAAAUACCCGCAGCCCAAAGGGCAGAAGAAGAAGAAGAUCGUCAAGUACGGCAUGGGGGGCCUCAUCAUCCUCUUCCUGGUGGCCAUCAUCUGGUUCCCGCUGCUCUUCAUGUCGCUGGUGCGCUCGGUGGUGGGCGUCGUCAACCACCCCAUCGAUGUCACCGUCACCCUCAAGCUGGGGGGGUACGAGCCACUAUUCACCAUGAGCGCCCAGCAGCAGUCCAUCCAGCCCUUCACCCCCCAGGACUACGAAGCCCUGACGAACCAAUUUGAGAGGCAGCCGGUGGCCAUGCAGUUCAUCACGCUGUACGGCUACGAGGACAUCGUCACGGCGCGCAUCGAGGGCAGCUCGGGCUCGCUGUGGAGCAUCAGCCCGCCCAGCCGGGAGCAGAUGCGGCGGGAGCUGCAGAACGGCUCCUCAGACAUCACCCUGCGACUCACCUGGACCUUCCAGAGGGACCUGGGGAAGGGCGGCACGGUGGAGCACACCUUCGAGAAGCACACCACAGACCUCCAGCCCGGCGCGCCCGAGCGCAUGGAGCUGGCCCAGCUGCUGCAGGGCACCCGCGACGCCCCCGUGCAAGUGCCCAAGCUCUUCCCCAAAUACAUCCGGGCACCCAACGGCCCCGAAGCCAACCCCGUCAAGCAGCUGCUGCCAGACGGAGAGGACAGCUACCUGGACGUGGAGGUGCAGCUGAAACGGGAGCGCGUGGGCUCGGGGCAGGGCAGCGACAGCUUCUUGGAGUGGUGGGUGGUGCGGCUGAAGGACGCCCCCCCGCGCGACGGCAACAUCCUGCCCAUGGUCAUCUUCAACGACAAAGUCAGCCCCCCCAGCCUGGGCUUCCUGGCCGGCUACGGGAUCAUGGGGCUGUACGUCUCCAUCGUGCUGGUGAUCGGGAAGUUCGUGCGGGGCUUCUUCAGCGAGAUCUCGCACUCCAUCAUGUUCGAGGAGCUGCCCUGCGUGGACCGCAUCCUGAAGCUGUGCCAGGACAUCUUCCUGGUGCGGGAGACGGGCGAGCUGGAGCUGGAGGAAGAGCUCUACGCCAAGCUCAUCUUCCUCUACCGCUCCCCCGAGACCAUGAUCAAGUGGACGCGGGAGAAAGAGUAAGGGGAAGGGGCUCUGGCCCCCUCCCCGGGGACAUCACCGCCAAUGCCUUAACCAGCCCUGCGGGGGCCGCAUCCUGCCGGGGGGUGCAGGACGGCGCGCUGGGCGAGCCCGGGCUCUCGCUUUUAAAAGGAGGAGCUUUCUGUU